AAUCAAAUAAAGAUGUAAAUUUUUACGAAUUAUUAAUAUAUUAGUAAUGGGAAAUUGUUGCCCUAAUCACGAUCUAAAAAAAUCCUUUAUUAGUUCAAUAAGCGAAGACAAAAGUAAUUGUUGUGUGUAAUGGUAGGUAAAUUGGUAACCACCAGUGCAACUAAGCAACCUGUCUUAGUAGUUAUCCCACCGCUUACAUUAAAAUAACAGAUCAGCAAAGAUGAUUUUAUUAAGGUAAGAAUGCUGGGACAAGUAUGAUAAAUAAUUAAAUUAGGGGGCUUUUGGUAAGGUUUAUCAGGUGAGAAAGAAGAACACUAAUAAAAUAUAUGCAAUGAAAUAAAUUGAGAUAAAGAAAAUCAGAGAAUGCAAUUUAGAAACUAACACAGUUUUGGAAAGAAAUGUAUUAAAAUAAAGCAAACAUCCUUUUAUAGUAAAAUUGAAAUUUGCAUUUCAAAAUCCAAAGUAUAUAUUCUUUGUAAUGGAAUGCAUAAAUGGAGGGCAAUUUUACAAUGUUCUCAAAUGUAAAAAGAAUGGAUUACCAGAAAAUGUUGUUAGAUUUGUUGCAGCAGAAGUAGUAUUAGCCCUUGAAUAUUUGAAUACAAAACUUAAGGUGAUAUAUAGAGAUUUAAAACCAGAAAAUAUAUUGCUGACUGAAACAGGACAUGUUAAAUUAACAGAUUUCGGAUUAGCAACCUUAAGAAAAGAUAAUGAAAAAUCCUACCUAUUAGCUGGCACUCCUGAGUAUUUAGCCCCAGAAAUCAUUACAAGACAAGGCCAUUCUUAUGAAGUUGACAUCUGGACUCUCGGUAUCAAGUACUUAUACAAUUUAAAGGCAUUCUUAUAUUUGAGAUGAUUAAUGGUAAUCCACCAUUCAAUGAUCCAAAAAGAAGAGUAGAAAUGAUCACUAAAUAAAUUUUACUGAAUGAUCCUACAUAUCCAAAGACCAUGAGUCAAAGUGCACGUGAUUUAAUCCAAAAACUACUAAGGAAUGAUCCAAAAGAGCGUUUGGGUGUUAAAGGAGGCUAUGAAGAAAUAAAGAACCAUCCAUUCUUUAAUUCCGUUAGCUGGGAUGUUAUUCAUAUGCAAAUAUCUCCACUUAGAACCUUUGCUGAAAAGAGCAACCUAAAAAACUCAACAAAAGUUGUUAAUCAUUCACCUCAAACAUUAGAAGAUACGCUUAACAAUCUUUAGAUGACAAAUAACAAAGUCGAUGGUAUUACAUAUUUGGGGGAGGGUGAAACUUUUAAUUCCAAAAUUUGA